AUGGAAGAACGUGGAAUAGCCCAUACAUUCGGGAGCACCACCGUGCCAAGUGUUCAGUUCGUGGAUGAUGCAGAAGGAUUACCUCCAGAUGUCAUUGAUGCGUUCAACGAUUCGUUUGACGCUAGUUGGGAAGACAUUGAGGAAAGACUUUCAAAGCUAAAGAAGUUCUCAGAAGACCGUCUCACAGCAGAGAAGAAAAGAGACGUUGUUCAAGCAAAGGAGAAACUAGCACUCAACCCUAGGAAUAAAAAUGUCAGGGAACUCAUUAAGAGGUCAUCGAUCAGGACCCUUAAUGAUGGCACAGAGGUCUUAAUUUUUAAAACGUGAGCAGGGUAUUAACAAAAGUGGUACCCAGAUAAUGAAACGUGGGAAGACCAACAUACUCCAAGAAUUCCCCAGCACUGAGAGAGUACAAAGAAUUAGUGAGGAAGAUUAGGGAGGAACCUGCGACUAGCACCCGGGGUUACACAAACGAAGGGGAUGAUGAAAGUGUAGUCACAGAUGCUGCCUUGAAUGAGGACGACCCCGGAGGAUCGGAGGUCGACACAUUUGAAGACAUUGAACUCAUAGAUGUGAGGGUAACCAGAUAUGACAUACAAGGUCUAACCCCCAAAGAAAACUCUGAGCUUAGGGGGGUACUGAAUCCAACUGAUACGAUUGACUGA